AUGAUCUGCGAGAAUUGCACUAGGGGCACUAAACUCCCUGGAACCCCCACGGGGAGCAUGAUCAAGAUCAACGACACCGACACCUACCUUGCCGCUCCGUCUGCGCCAGUAACUCCGGGGAACGAGCACAAGGCAGUGGUCAUCUUCACUGAUGUGCUCGGUCUGCCACUAGGGAACAGUCAGCUGAUUGCGGACGAGUUUGCAAAAAAGCUGAAUUUGCCUGUGUACGUCCCGGAUAUGUUCAUGGGCCACCCACCACUCAACCCGCAGCAGAUGACAUCUGUAGACCACUUUGAUAUGACUCCCCGCCCCUUCACGAACAAACUCCGAUUCUACGCGCUUCUCAUCGGCGCCCUGCCCAAUAUCAUCCUCACUAACGGUCCCGCCAAAGUCAGCGCCCGCAUGCAGGCAUGGGCAGAAGCGUUGCGAAAGGAGAAGGGUGUGGAGAGGCUGGGUGCCGUGGGUCAUUGUUAUGGGGGGAUGGUAAUCAUCAAGAUGGUGGCGGCGAAACAGGGGUUGUUCCAGGCUGGUGUUGUCUGCCACCCUGGGAGGAUCAGCUUGCAAGAAGCUGAAAUGGUUGACUUCCCCUGUGCUUUUGCUACCGCUCAAGUAGAUGAAUCUUUCCCGCAGCCUGUUGCCAAAGAAUUCGAAGCCGCCUUCGCUGCCCGUGACGAGAAGACUAAAGUGCCGUACGAGUUUGUCUUCUACCCUGGGACAACGCACGGAUUUGCGGCGAGGCCGGCGCUCCAUAUCCAGGAGGUGAAGGAGGCGUUUGAGAAGGUGACGGAACAGAGCUGGAAGUGGAUAGAGAAGCAUUUGUAA